AUGAUUAUAUGUUUUGCUGCUGUUGAUCAAUAUAUGUCAACAUCAAUGCAUGAAAGACGUCAAGCUAUCAAUCUCAAAUGUAUGCAUCGUUUAAUUGUAAUUUCUAUAUUUCUUUCCAUUUUAUAUGGCAUACCAUUUCUUGUUUUUUAUGAUAUACAACCAUUAUCUGGAACGAAUACAACAACAUGUCGUCCCAAUGAUAACAAUGGACCAUUUUCUAAAUAUGUAAUAUAUGUUAGUUUACCUGUCAUUGACGGUUUUAUACCUAUCUUCAUAAUGAGUGUAGCUGGCUUUAUUGCAUUUCGCAAGGUUCGUACUAUGACCAAGAGAAAAGUACAUAUUAUACGGCUACGUUUAGAGCAACAAUUAACUGCAAUGGUUUUAAUGAAAAUUCUUGGCGUUUGUAUCACUAUAAUUCCGUUUCUUAUUGUUUAUAUUAUUCAGUAUAUAAUAUCAUGGCGUAGCAAUGAUUCCAUUGUUCAAGAACAGCUUCGAUUAGUAUAUCGUGUCUUUACGAUUCUCUUCUUUAUAAACUAUGCCGAUAGCUUCUAUAUUUUUCUUACAUCUUCUGCUCGAUUUCGUCGACAAUUGAAAUUUGUUCUAUGGGAUGUAUACUUAAAACAAUGA